AGAUAUCACAUCUCAGCAGGAAAUCUUUCUCAACCAGAACGCUUGCUCAACAGAUAGAGGAGCUAAUCGGUCACUAUAGGUGGCUUCCUUCUCCAUGGAUCAUCAGGAAGCCACUGUCCCUUCACCAGAAGACAACCUUCUUGAGCACUUGCAGCAGUUUCUUUCCGUCAUUGAGACCGACGUGGUUCCACGACUUCUUUUCACACGGGCUGUCCAAAGCAAAUCGUUCUGGGGGUCUAGCGGGGACUUGCAAGCCUCUCCUUGUGAAAGCAUAGUUCCAAGAUGGCUUUUGUCUUCUAUACAAGACGUCGGGGUAUUCAGCCGAGCUAUUCAAAGUCUGUACCACACUGGGGCCGUUGACUUGGACCCCCCUGAGCAGCUUCGUGAUCAGUACAGUAUUCCAUCCGAAUGGAAACAAAAACAUCGAGAAAGGAUUCUGUUGUUGGAUCUUGAAAGACUCCUGUUCGAUGUACUCGCCACUAUGGUGCAGGCAUUCCCGAAUGCUUACACUGAGAUUCUCUGGAAGGAAACAGAAGCCGAGCUAUGGGACAUUGUCAUUUCAACAUGUGUGCCAUUUUUGGCGGUCAUCGAAAUUUCAGACAUUGUCAGAUAUAGAUCGCUAGAAUCAAAAGAUUACGAUUCGGAUAGCCCAACAUUCUGGAUGGCACUGGCUUUUUUCAUCGUACGGGUUGCCACACUCCUUAAGGAUCACAGCCCACCGUCACUGCAAAGUCUACUGAAAGACAUCUACCGACUCCUAGUGGACGAUAGUGGGAAAUCAACUCUUUCAAAUCUUGCCAGCCUUCAAUUAUCGAUCGAUAUUCUAUCCUUGACAGUUUGGGAUAAAGGAGAACAAGGGAACCAACUUGAGAAACUCCAAUCGCUCAGAUCGACUAUCCAAAAUCCAGAAUCUAAUGCUAUCCUUGACUUGGCCUUGGCCAGGUGCCACCGUGAGGUGCCGCAAACUCGUGAUCUUAGCUCACUUUGGGAGUCACCCAAUGCCGGAAACUGGACCGCUUGUGAACUCCUUGCCAAUGCAGAGUUGAGGGGCACAAGACUCGUCAUGGACAUCAUUAAGACGUCUUGGGACGUCCUCCCGCUUUUUGUCCGGGUUUUAAUUGCUCAUCAAGCAAUCCAAGACCACGCCUUUGAUGUUGCUCGAGAGACCCUGGAAGGCUGUAUCGAGGAGAUCACGUUGAGCUUUGGCGAGCGAUCUAUCGAACGUCUGGUCUCUGGAACGCAAUUGAUGAUUUGCUCUAAUUCAAUGGCAUAUGAAGCAAAGACGCUCGUGUUAGCGGAAGGCCUGGCACCGUGUAUCUGCGCUCACCUGACAGAAGGACGAAUGGCUCGAGCUGGAAACUCGGAGACUGAUGUUUGCAGCGUUGCUCAGUCAAUGAGAGGUAUCAAUUUUGCAAUCACAGUUGCAGACAGCUUUUUGGGGCUUGGGGAGUACGAUUUGGCGAAAUCGAUUUUGACCUUUAUCUGGAAAUAUACAAAGCCGACCGAGACUGCUAUGGCUAUGUGCUUGCUUCGGUUACUGAAAGCGAACCGACGACAACGAAACGAGAACUCGGAUUAUGACUGCCUGGCAUAUUUACAAAGUCUAGUUCCACUGCUUAAACAUGUCUCAGGGGAAAUGAUUUUCCAAUGCUUUGAAGAGGUGGUAUGCAAUCUAGAAGCAAUAGAUUCCCUGUCCCCCAACAAUUGGGCCACCUGGAACAAUACGCUUGCACAACUUCUACUCAUGGACGUCUCGAAAAUUCAAAUUUCGAAGCCCAUGAUGUCUUCAAUUGAAAGCUACCGUAAAGAAAUCGUCCGGAAAAAAGAAAAUAUGGAGAAAAAUCUUCGAACACUCGCACACCUUCCUAGUCUUGGCCUUGAGCCUGACUCUUCGUCAACAAUUGAGAUCGAUCUACCCUAUAAUCUUCUCAAGGGAGGAGAGUCACAUUACUUGGUCAGGCUUAAGUCACUGAUCUUGGAAAGCUUGGAAUCUUGUACGCGAUCGCCAGCAAGGAAAAACUCGCUUCACGCAGAAGCGGACAGCACGAACUCUCCCUCAAACGUGGAUAUCGCUAGCAACCAUUUUGACAUCCAAGAAAGACGGUUGGUAGUUGCCAUUGAUUAUGGGACUACAUACACAGGAGUUGCAAUUGCCACUCCAACCGGUUCUUCGGCAUAUCUUGACGAGAUCGAUGUUGUUCAAGAUUGGGGUCCUGGGAUGUGGAAUCAGCAAAAAAUUCCAAGUAUAAUAUCGUACUCGACAGGGACUGAACGUCUUGAACGGCAGUGGGGUGCAGAUCUCAGCCUGCAAGCAUUGGCAAUGGUACACACGAAGCUCCAGCUGGACGUGACCGAUACAGCUUCCGAGCUAGAAUUGAUAUCGGAGAGGUUGGAAGGGAUACACGAUCUCGAUUAUCAAUAUAUUCCUGGCUCGGCUGGUGAUACAUAUACUCGAAAAGGACCUGAAGACAUCGUGCAGGAUUACUUGGCUCGGGUGGUGGAUUACUUGCUUCAAACUAUUCCAAGCUUCACAGGCGAAUUGAGACUGCGCGUUCCGAUAGACAUUGUUGCAACGAUACCAGCUGGUUGGAGUUACCGGGCUAAGAACUCUUAUUACCAGGCAUUGAGGUAUGCCGGUCUAAAUAAGGAUAAUUUUCCAAGAAUGAGCAACAUUCUUUUGGUCUCAGAAGCUGAAGCAGCCGCCGCGUAUACAGCAAGAUAUCUCAAAGAGUCCUGCGGAACAGAUAUAUUGAAGUUAAGGGAGUGCUUUUUAGUCUGUGAUGCUGGUGGCGGUACAGUUGACGUCGUAGCAUAUAGAGUGAAAAGCCUGGAGCCGAUGUUUGAGAUGGAAAGAAUAACAUUACCGACAGCUGCAAGGUGCGGAUCGAUAUUCAUAGACAUGGCCUUCAAGAGAUGGCUGAGUCGAUUACUCGGCCCUGAGCUCUAUUCUCAAUUGGAUGGGGGCCACUUGCUUGAAAGAAUUGGGUCACACGGAAGAGAAGGAGCGCGAAUUCGAUAUUUGAUGAGGCAUUUCGAGGAAUACAAGCAAAAAUUUCGUCAUGGCCAUCGAGCCAUACAUCUGGAUUUGCCGGAGCCAUUCGAAAAUCUUCACAUUGAUGGUAGGGUAGACAGUGGGCAGAUUACGAUAAGUUUCGAAGAUAUGAAAUCAUUCUUUAACCCAUGUGUGGAUUUGGUGUUUGAACUGAUCGCCGGGCAAUUGAUGCAGAUCGAAACUAUGGGACUACGAGUUCGAAACCUUCUUCUCGUUGGCGGGUUUGCAGAAUCGAAGUACUUGCAAGAAGAACUGACCCAGUCACUCACGCUUAGACGUAUCGCUUUGCGGCUACCUGAUACUUCAUGGACUGCUGUCGUACGUGGGGCCGCAAUAAUGGGAAUCGAGAAGUCAAGAUUCUCAAACAGCAUGGCGCACACCGAAAUGUGCUCGACGGGAUACGCAAUAGCUGUGAAUGUGCCUUUUUCGGAGGUUUCACACAAUCCUUCAGACUCGAAUAUUGACCCAAUUACCAAUACAACGAUCGCAACUUCGCAGCUAGAAUGGUUCGUGAAGAAGGACGAUUUGAUCCUCCCCGAAAGUCCUCGGAGAGUGGAGCUGGGGCCUUUUGCUCUGCAAUUUGUGGGGGAGACUUCUGGUAGAGGUACAAUUCCCAUAUAUGGCUAUAACGGAGAGGAAGAUCCGCCCGCAACCCUAUCUCGCUCAAUGUCUGAUCUUACACACAUUCACACUAUCAACUAUGAUUUGAGCAACAUACCGCCAGACGAGUUCACUAAGUUCACCUCCCGUGGCCAAAAAUCACCUAUGCACAUGAUUCCAGUCAUGCUCGAACUCGAGGUUGCAGCUGCUUCGUUACAUAUAUCUCUUCGCAUGAAGAACAGAAAUCUUUAUGUGGCCAAAAUUCAAGGGAUACAAGGCGAUCGUGCAAAAACCCCUGUGUCUCAAAUGAGCCCGUUAUUUUCGCCUUUGAGCAAGCCAUCCGUGCAGUUGCUACUGUAUUUGGCGACUCUCCAAAGACCACAGGUCACACAAGACCAAGCAUCAGCAUCUUCAGCGACAAUCAACAGUAGCAGAGGUACCAAAUCUAAAUUGGGUUUCAAAGGAUUGAAGUCAUUGAGAUCUAAAGACAGAGACACGGUUGUGACACCCCCGAUCUCCGAAACAGUCGUGAUCUGGAGCCCCUCUGCUACUGCUAAGACAUACGAAUUAUUCAAGUCUCUUUCGAGUCCAGACGAUGCAUCUUUGACCCUCUUACCAGGGAAGAGAAGAUCGCCACUAGAUGUCAGAGAACUCAAUGACCUAAUCAGAACAAAGUAUUCUCUGGACCUAGACAUAUGGAGUUUACGUCACUGCCGGCCCAGAGAUAGGGACAUGGUGAAAGACAAGAUGAGGAGAUCCGAUGCAGCUCUGGCCAAGAUCAUGGCUACAGUGAACCUCUGGGAUCAUCUUGAGGACUGGGAAUCCGAGCAGAAUUGGCGUCAAUUACGCGCAAUCAAGGAGCGUUUAAUAAGGAGUAAGAUAUGUCUAUGGUCUGAAGCGCCGCCUUGGGAGUGAUGAUCCGUAUCGGGGCAGACAAUUUUCUGUUUGGCCGUAACUGGAUAGUGUCAAAUUCAACGCAGCGAUUCGGACCUAUUAAAGCUUCAAAUCCGUGACCGACGUCGCGAUUUCUGUGUUCGGCUCCAACCACUUCUCCAAUAUUUGGGUCCUGUCAUGAAGGGGCUUUGCAUGGUGUUCUCUUACGAUUUCUUUUUUCUAUUCUGAUUCUAGUAUCUGUCAGCUCCAAUACUGAUAUCUUCCAAAGACUAAGUCUGCUACUCUUGCAUGCUACAUCUCAUCAAAAGUUUUUAUGCCUGUCCACGAUCAUCUCGAAUGUCAAGGGAAAUCAACCGCAAAAUCAUCUUUGGGAACUCUGUCAUAUCACACAACUUAACAUACAAGAGUUGAGUCUCUGGGGUGUCAGGAUGGAAAUCUUUGGCGAGGGUAGAAUCCUUUCGUGUGGUGGCUGUCUGUUUCAGAUCCUACAACCUCUAGUGUUCGGACAUGAGCUAACCACCACCAAUUGCCACAUUGCACGGGGGUAUAGGCCAAGUUUGACCCAACUCUCCCGCCUUCACUUGAUGAACAUUUGCUUUGCUCCACUAUAAUCUUUCUCAAACGAAGCGAGAACAU